ACUAGAAGCACACAAAACCAACCAAUCACCACCACAAUCUGAAUCAAUCAGGAAGCCAAGGAAAACCUAAAAAAACCACCCACAACCAGUAUGGUCAAACAAACGAACACAGAACUCAUCAGCACAUAAAAACAAAUCACUCUCGUCUCGAAACCUCUCUCUCACUCCCUAUCAUCCUAUCACCCUAUCACCCAGGAAAGGAACGAAAAACACACACACACACAAGCUCACAGAUAAUGGCACAGUCGAAUCAUCAGCCCUUCAGUCCGCCUCCAGCUAACAGAGAGACUUACAAGGAUCUACUCGUCUUCGAAGAACGCCUCAAACAGAACGCUGAACGCCUCCAACGCCAACGGAUCAAGUACGAAGCUUUCUUGGUCACUAUUAUCGCCUCCAGUCUUCUCCUGGCUUACAAAACUUUUAUCGCUAUUUCUCCCUAUAAGCUCAUUCAUUAUCUUUAUGUUGCUCUCUUCCUCGUCUCAAUUACCACAUUGAUUUUAUUCUUUGCUACUGGAAUGUACACUGAUCAAAUCGCUUAUGCUUACAAAUUUAUACCCCAAACCAACCGAGCAUUACGGCCGUUCAACAUGUUUCUAAUCACGCCAUCGACGGCCAGUUCGAUUACGCGGACGAACCAGAGCAGUGGAGGGGGCCUGAUCGGAAGUGUUCUGAGCCGACUCUCGAUAGGACUGAUCGUUGAAGGCCUGCUGGGCACGAUGUUCAGGCAACUCUUCCAACGCCCGAGACGGCCGCCAACAGCCCAGCAAUCCCCACUCAAAGACCCCCACAACCUCCUCCUGCUUCUCCAUCCUAAGGACGACCAUCUCAAGAACUUGAAGAAAAUUAACCCCAGAGGCGAACUCCUCUUCUCGUCUAACGUCAAUCCCCAGUUCAUCGAUCAGUAUAAACUCUAUCGGAAUCAAUGGGAAAUCCGGCAGAAAAAAUCUUGAGCUUCUCUCUUCUUUUUUUACUGAUCUUCCUUUCUCUAGAGAUUGCUAUACUUUAUCUUAAUCGUCUUUUUUUUUGAAAUAUCUACUUGAAUCUCUCUCAGUCCCACCCCUCUCUGUAGAAAUAUAUGCUCCUCUUCCUUUUUGUCUUCUUUUGGAUGCUCUUCUUAAAUUAUAGUGUAUGUGUCUAGUAAUUUGCGCUAACAGCUUUUAAUCUCUUUAUAUAUAUAUAUAGACUUAUUAACGUGUUAUUUUCUCGGUUCUCAAGAAGUUCAUCAUGUGGUCAUCAAGAUAUCCCUCUUUGAUUUAUUGGAGAUAGGACUUGGUUCUUCCUAUACAUCCAUCUU